GUUUUUCCAAUGGUAAUGGACCAUGGAUCACCCCUUGGGGAGAAUGAAUUAAUUAAAGUUAAGGCUGAAAUUCACAAUGGAAUCGGAGUAAAGAUUAACAAGCUGCAAGUACCGAAAGUAAUUCAGCACGGCGCACCUGUAGUUCUGGACUGCGACUUCGCCCUCGAAGAUUUCGACGACGUCGACGACAAAGACGUCGGAUUAGUUGUGAAAUGGUAUUUUAACGAAAACGACCACAAGCCAGUCUACCAAUGGAUACCAGGUAGCAGUAAAAGGCCGCAAGAAUUGGGUGUACUUAGAGGACGUUUAAAUUUAGAGUACGCCGCUAGUGUAGACGCGAAUAGUGUCCAUAGAGCUCUGCAUAUUCUUAAGUCUAGUCCCGAUCUCUCCGGAGAUUACACUUGCCACGUAGCAACGUUUCAAAGCGAAGACAGGAAAACAAAGAGCAUGCUCGUGUUCGACAGUAAAUGGGCAGAAAAGUCCCACUCCAUACAAACCUGGAAGGAAGCUUUAGAGGUCACUGGUUUGAUCCUGAAGAAAAUCAUAAUUUGUAACGAGUACAGUGCAAAAGACCAAACCUUUGAAGAAGAUGAUCUUAAUGACGUAAUCUCCCCAGUCUUUUGUACUACUAGGGGAUCUCAAAAGCUACCACAUACUCUGGGGACCAAGUUUUACCGACAGCAGAAGCCGGCAAAUUGA